UCCCGCUCUUUUUUUUUCCCAGAUCAAUAUACCCACGUUUAUCCUCUCUCUCUCUCUCUCCCUCUCCCUCUGUUUCUGUACAUUUUCCGUUGUUUUGGAGGAAAAUGCAGGAACAAGCUGCUACGAGUUCCAUGGCUGCCAGCUCUCUUCCUUCAAGCAGUGAAAGAUCUUCCAGCUCAGCUCUCCAGCUCGAAGUUAAAGAAGGUGUGGAAAGUGAUGAUGAGAUCAGGAGAGUACCUGAGAUGGGUGGAGAAGCCGCCGGUCCGGCUGCUUCAGGCCGGGAUGGCACCUCUGCGGCGGGUCCGGUUAACCAUUCAGCCGCCAGUCAAAGGAAGAGGGGCAGAAGCCCAGCUGACAAAGAGAACAAGAGGUUAAAAAGGUUGUUGAGGAACAGAGUUUCAGCACAGCAAGCAAGGGAGAGGAAGAAGGCAUAUUUGAUAGACUUGGAGGCAAGGGUGAAAGACUUGGAAACAAAGAAUGCGGAGCUUGAAGAGAGGCUAUCCACCUUGCAAAAUGAAAACCAGAUGCUAAGACAUAUUCUGAAGAACACCACUGCUGGCAGCCAGGAAGGGAGGAAAUAGAGCUUACUGUCAACGAGACGUAGUGAAGGAUUUGGUAAUGCAGAGAUAUGAUAUGAUAUGAUGCAUACUUUAGAUUGUGCUCCCGUCUAUGCGUAUAUUAGUGUACAAUGCCUCAAAUCGGGGGGGCUUAAUGAUUCUUGAUCUGCAUAAUUCCACACCGUUUUUUUCCCCUCUAUGCGACGGGACAUUUAGACUACUAGAAUAUUUUGCAGCUUGAUAGCAAUAUCAACAAAGCAAGUAGUCUUGUGAUUGUAGUACUGAUGAAACAAGAGGUUAAAUCAUAGUAUGACAUUAGAGCAUAAUUUCAUGUUUUUGGCUUGUCAAGAAGAGAAGUAUUGGAUUUCUUAAUUGC